UUCGAGUGAGGGAUUUCAAUCUUCCAGAAAAAUCGAACAGAUGAGUCGAUAGGUUCAGAUAAAAAUUCCGAUAACUGACACAAAGUCGUGGGUGUAGGAGGCUCAGACAUAAUCAGUUUGUCCAGACGACGAGAGAACUACAAGAAGCUCAAGAAAACAAUCAUUUCGUCCUCUCACUGCCCAUAUCCCACACACGUGACGCCAUUCUCAACCAGUCUAUUCGUCUUCAUCCUUCGCCUUCACUCUCGUCACUUUUUCGCUCUGUCUCUCUAUCGGAUCCAAAGAGGCUCUAGUCAUCGAUUGUGGGCUUGCUAAGCUCAAUAUCAUUGUUUCCCGCAUCCUCCUCGCCCUCCUAGGGCCCCCACCUCAUUAUGUUCUCUAAUUCCGCACUAUUCCCACACUGGCGUCGCAAAGCAGCCGAACGCUCCAGCAGCAGCUCUUAUGAGGUGCCCUUCUAUCUGAAUGCGGCUUACUAUCCCAACUGGCGCAUUUAUCAGAAACAGUCCCCUUCCUCGCUGCGAUUGGGAUUUGUCUCGCAUAUAUUCUACGCAUUUGCCUGGGUUAAAGAAGAUGGUACCGUCUAUUUGAGCGACGAAUGGGCCGACAUACAGAUGCCCGUCGACGGCACUACCGGCUGUCUCCGGGCUUUCGCCCAGCUCAAGCCAAAGUAUCCUAAACUGAAACUCAUUCUCUCUAUCGGUGGCGCUGGCAAGGGAAGUGAAAACUUCUCGCGCGUGGCUCGCAGUCAAUCCUGUAUGGAGACUUUUGGGCGGACUGCCCGAGCACUGGUAGACGAGUACGGCCUAGAUGGGGUAGAUGUGAACUGGGAACACCCCUCGGACGCCCAUCAAGGCGCCGACUAUAUCCGCCUCCUCGCCCAAAUCCGCAAGUCUCUCCCGACCCCACGCUACCUUGUAACAUCAGCCCUCCCCGCAUCGCCCUGGUUCUUGCGACACAUCGAUCUCUCCAAAGCCCAAUCCUAUCUGGACCUCCUCAACAUCAUGGCCUAUGACUUCACGGGACCCUGGACGCCGGAAACCGGCCACCACGCCCAACUCACGGCCCCCCCGGGUAGUUCGCAUCCCAAUGCGAGCAGCAAUACCCUGUCCUGUCAAUCCAGCAUUGCCUACAUUCUCAACAACCACCCCAUCGAUCCCAAAAAGCUUCUGCUGGGGAUUCCCGUCUACGGCCGGUCAUUCCUUGGUUGUUCCGGCCCAGGCCAGCGAUAUGCGGGCUGCGGGGGCGAGGACGGGAUCUUCGAUUACUGCGACCUGCCCCGACCCGGUGCGCGGGAGGUCGUGGACGAGGAGGCCGGCGCGGCAUAUUGUGUCGGUGGCGUGGAUGGCGGGUUUGUCACGUACGACACCCCGCGGACGGUGCAGCUGAAGGCGAAGUUCGUGACGAGGAUGAAACUCGGGGGACUGUUCUACUGGCAUAUUGGUGGGGAUAAGAGUGGCGGGAAGGGAAAGAGCUUAGUAGAGGUUGGAUAUGAGAGUUUGCAUGAUAUGUGAUUUUGUUGUCUCCUCGGGUGAGACUGGGAAGAGAGACCUUGAAGGAGAGGAAGAAGAAACGGAGAAGAGAUGUGGCUGCAUUCGGCUUGUUGGUGCUUUUUUUUUCUUUCUUUCUUUCUUUCUUUCUCUCUCUCUCGCUAUCUGCAUUCCUUGUAUGUUUAUUGGUAUACCCUGCGGUAUAAGCGAGAUGAGAAGUUGGCUGUGAUGAUAUUGUUCCCCGUAGACUCCAACCACACAAUAUAGCUAUCUAAGAUUAU